AUGUCAGCGCCCAUUGUCAAAAAGUGUGCCUUUUGUUUUUCUUUAUUAAGACCGAAAUACUACAGAAGUUUAGAGUCCAGGUGCAGCAGUGAUCAGUAUAAUUUUAUUUUGUUGGAUUUGAAAAUUAAAAAUGAAGGUAAAGGCAUAAAAAAACGUGCAUUGCCCAAGACUCCAAGUGGGACUACGCCAAAGAGUAAAAGGCCUCUUUUUAGUACACCAAAAAAGUCAUUAACUCAACAGAGGAACAUCAAAGCAGACAAAUUUACCCAAACAAAAGCCACACAGUCUGAUUUCGAAAUUAAGGUUUGUGUGAAAUACCAGGGACAAGAAAGGUCAAGAAUUCUUACUGAUGAAAUUCAGCAAUCAGUUGUGAAGUGCAUCCUAAAUAAAAAACCUGCUUUGACGAUUACUAAACAUUUCGCUAGAGACCCUAAUUACAAGGCAGCCAUGGUACAAACAGUUGCAAAGGAAAUAAACAAAGAAGCUUCCAUGCUGCCCAAAAAAAGAGAAUCUGCUUUAAAGUCAAACAGUGUAAAAGACUUCUUAAACUUCAAGUGGAAAACACAGAUAGAGACUCUAACUCAGAAGUUACCAACUUUAAUGUUGAUUUUAACCCAGAUGAUGGGUGAUAAAUUAAAAUAUCGUUCACCUCAUGUGGUGGUUGGUGUAUGUGUGCUGUUGUAUGCCAGGUGCCAGCAGUUGAAUCUGUUACAAUACAUAUUAGGGCUGACAUAUGACAGAUGUGGAUUGAACAAAGAGGGUCUUAGUAUACUGCAUGCCAUUGGUUUGUCAGUUUCAUACACAAGUAUCCACAACAAAAGGAAACAUCUGGUGAAACAGCAGGAAAAGAAAAUUGACAAUGUUGUCAGAAAAUAUGUAAAGCAGACAUGUUCAGAAUAUGAAAACCCCAUUACAGAUGAAACAGUUGGCUAGAUUGGUUUAGGUGAACAAAAACAGUUUGUAACGAUAACUUAAAUGACAAGAAUGAAGAAUGUCAAAAGGCAAAACCGAUAGAAGUUAUUGGUGACAACUUGGACAUCUGUAUUUCACCUGC